UGUUUUGACAGGGCAAAAAAGACUCUCUGAGGGAGAGAGAGAGGGGAGCGCGCGCGGAAUUGGGUCUCGAGAGGGGGGCAUCGGGAUGAAGGCCGAGGCGAGGAGCGAGGCGGCGGGGAAGGCGUCCUUUCGGCAGGGCCGGGGCUUCUCCUUUCGGGACUAGGGCCUGUGCUCCCUCCCUUCCUUCUUUCUCCCUCCUCUUCCCGCCGCAGCGCCAUUAAGAGCAGCUGGGAUGCGUGCGGCCCGCUUGGCUGGAGACAGAAAAGUGUCAGGAGGAGGAGGAGGAGGAAGGAGGAGGAGGAGGAGGCAGUUAGUCAGCAGCUGAGCAGAGGAAGGAAGGAGUCAUGGCCAUCCCUCCGUCCCAGCAGCCUCCCCCUGAGGGAGAAGAGGAAGACGCGUGUCCGGGAGAACGUGUGGACGCGUGACGGGAGAAGCGUGUUGAGUGAGGGCGGGGAGAGCGCAACAACCUAACAGGAGCCCCUUCCUCUUGUGUCUGCGAGGCUUCUCUGUUACUUUUUGGUGUGUGUGUGUGGGGGGGGGGGAGGUGAACAUCAGCACGCGUGUCAACACCGGUGCGGUUCAGACGUGACUUUUGUCGGGCUGGGUAUGGGGCAGGUGAGGGUCUGACAAGGAGGACGCGUGUAACAGCCUAACAGAAACCCCUUCCUCUUGUGUGCUGCUCUAUUACUCCUUUUUAGUGGCGGGGUAAACAUCCAACACGCGUGUCAAUACCGGUGCGGUUCAGACGCGACGCGUGUCGGGCUGGGUAUGGGGCAGGCGAGUGUCUAAAGAGGAGGAACGUGCGAAUGCGUGGCGGGAGAAGCGUGUUGAGGACAGGGCGAGAACAACAAACCAGCAAACUCUCUUGCAUCUGCUCUAUUACUCCUUUUGUUUGGUGGCGGGAUAAACAUCAACACGCGUGUCAACACGGGUGCGGUUCAGACGUGACGCGUGCAGGGCUGGUGAUAGUCUAGGGAGGAGGAAAAGGGAUCAGAAUCAAUAGAAAGAGGGUUAGAAACGAGGCAGUGACACACAGAGAGAGAGAGAGACUCCCUCUUUUCCUCUUCCCAGGGUUGUGUCAGGUGAAGUUGCGUGAAGCCGCCUUCAGACGUGCUUCUCUCUUUGCGCCAAGAAAGGGGAGGGCUGUUGCUGCAGAAGAAAGAGAAAGGAGGACACAACUGACUGUUGUUGUCCAGGCCUGGGUUUGUUUUUAAUCUUGAGGGACAAAGUCAAGGAAGCUUAGCUUGCCUCUCAGUGUCUUAGUGUGUGUGUUUGGAAGAGUCCUUUUCUGUCUUAUCUCUUGUGUUGUGAGGAUGGGAGAGCCGAGAGGGCUGCCAGACUGUUUUUAUUUAGGCUAGACUCAAUUGGGGGAAAGAGGGAGGAGGAGGAGGCACUCCACUCUCCAACCAACCAACCCACCCCUCCUUGGCUGGAAACAGGUAAAACCCCAUGGAGUCCAGCUUGGGCUGACAUUCCUUGCCCUGGGGCCCUUGUGAUUCAGAGCCUUUGCUCUUUGGUGGGUGUCUUUGGAGUGUGUGUUUGUGCCAGAGUUCCAGCUUUUGUUGUCUAAGCGCAGGUUAUAAAUAGACCUGUGUCAAGGAAGGACACAUUGGCAAGUUCCAGAGGGAGAAAGGCUGGCAGCCUUUAGCCUUUUUUCCCCCCCAGCAGACUGCUUUUUUGGCCACCACCAUGAAUGCCAGGAGGAGGCCUAGCUGCGACAGCCUUGUAAGCUGUUAAGGAAAAGGGUUGGAUUUUUAAUAUUAUUAUUCCAUUAACAACAACAAAGGGAGAGAGAGAGGAAUAGCUGGAGGUGGCAUCAACACCACUACAAAGAGAGAAAGGAACACAAACCUUGUGAAGGCAUCCUUUAUCGAGACUGGACACACAAAAAGGACUGGACUCAAGAUGAAGCCCGACCGAGAUACUUUAGAUGAAUAUUUUGAAUAUGAAGCUGAGGAAUUCCUUGUCAACUUGGCCUUGCUGAUUACUGAAGGGAGAACACCGGAAUAUUCUGUCAAGGGAAGAACCGAAGGCCUCCACUGUCCUCCAGCGCAGUCAAGUCAACCUACCAGAACUAAGCAUGAAUGCAGUGACAAACUGGGCCAGUGUCGUCAAGCUAGACGCACUCGGUCCGAGGUUACGUUGCUGUGGAAGAAUAAUAUUCCUAUCAUGAUCGAAGUGAUGCUGCUUCCAGACUGUUGCUAUAGCGACGAAGGGCCCGCCACAGAAGGGAGCGACUUAAAUGAUCCCGCCAUCAAGCAAGACGCACUGUUACUCGAAAGAUGGAUUUUGGAGCCGGUUCCACGGCAAAGCGGUGAUCGAUUCAUCGAAGAGAAGACCCUCUUAUUGGCUGUCCGUUCUUUUGUGUUCUUUUCUCAGUUAAGUGCUUGGCUGAGUGUCUCCCAUGGAGCAGUCCCUCGUAAUAUCCUCUACCGAGUAAGUGCUGCACAUGUCGAUCUCCAGUGGACCUUUUCCCAGACACCGACGGAACAUUUUUUCCCCAUUCCCAACGUUUCUCACAACGUGGCCUUGAAAGUCAGCGUCCAGUCUUUGCCGAGACAAUCGAACUAUCCCGUCUUGACUUGCAGCAUCCACACCAACCUUGGUUUCUAUGAGAAGAGACUAGAGGAGCAUAAUGAACGCCCGCACUGCGACCCUGCCACGGUAGAGCAAGGCCCUGUCCCCAAUGCACAGCGAGCUUGUGGCAAACUGAUGCGGACUGAAAGCGGGCUUGGAGGGAGAAAAGGCCCGGAGUUUAGCACAGCUGUCAAAAACCUGAAAUUUUACCCGUCGACUGGACUUUUAUCUGACUUUGGAGCAUCGGAGUCCAAAGUCCAGUGCUUUACGGCUGCUGUUGACACUAGGAAGCUUCCCCAAGAAGCUUCGAAACCGCUCUGCUCGGCUGAUCCCUAUGUCCAUAAUGGCUACUCUACCCGCCAGUCUUUGGGCGAAUCUAUUCCUUUAAUUGGCUCUCUUCUCCAAGAACGGCACGAAGUUAUAGCAAGGAUUGCCCAACAUCUGAUUCACUGUGACCCUUCCACAUCCCCAGCCAUGGGGCGGCCCUUUGGCACAAAUGAAACCGGCCUGGGAAAGCCAAAGGUUUUGCGCAGCGCACACGAAGAAGAGAACCUGGCGAAAAAGGGAAGGGAAACAUCCUCUGUUUCAACUACAAUGACCACGGACCUGACAUCAUCUGAAACCAUUAGGAAAGCUCAAACCAUACCAGAAACCCCCUUGUCCCAUUCCUACAUCCCAAUGAACCACGGAUCCCGCCAAACCGUAGAGGAAGCGAACCCUCUCAUCAGCUCUUUGCUUCAAGAACGGCAAGAGGUGAUUGCAAGGAUUGCCCAGCAUUUGAUUCACUGUGAUCCCUCCAUGUCACCCGCUGUCCACCCUGUGUUUCAUGUUCAAGGCAUGAGUCCCGUUAAUCCAAAGGCUUUCCACCGUCCAUGCGAAGAGGAGAAACCAUCGAAGAAAGGCAAAGAAGCCUCUUUAGAGGAAUCGAGAGGUCCUUUAAUGGAAGACAACCCAAAGGCAAAAGGUCGAAUGCCAGCAACACUUCGAUCGGAUGAUGAACAGAAUGUAUCUCCAAACUCUCAAAUUAGAAGAAAACUGCUGCAAGCAGAGCCCAGUGAAGUCGUCCAGAAUGCAUUUCAGCAGCCUCCAACGAAUCGAAAUCAAAGCCCAUUAACUUCCCUCAACCCAUCAUCUAGCAAAGAAGAAUAUAAAUCAGAAUUGGCGGAUAAGUUGGAGUCGGUCCUUUCAGGUUAUCUCUAUAAAUCUCAAGUAGCAAAGAAAGCUGUCGCCAAGCAGUAUUCACAUUUCAACGGUAGCGAUGAACAGAUUAGUACAGAUAAAUGCAAGAACAGAACAAACGCUAGUCCAAAUAGCAACCUGAACUCUUUAAACAAUCCACAAUUAGAUCACUCCAGUACGCCUGAAAACGUGAAAGUGACUGUAAUGCAGGCGUCUGGUAGUAGUUUGCACAGAAGUGAGCAUAAGUGCUUCAAUAAAGGCUCCAAGCCACAACACACUAUGGAACAAAACUCCCAACUGGCUAGUAUUGAAAACUAUUUACAUAAAGACCUGGAAAGUUUCAAAUGCAAAACUAAACAAGAGAGGGUGAAAAACGCCCAUGAUGAGAAUGAAGACCCAACAGAUUGUGAAGGACAAAAAUGUUCUCCGAAGAAGCCUCCUGAAGACUGUUUGGUGGCUUUGUUUGAACAAAAGAAGAAUGCAGAGGUGUCGAGGACAGUAUCACUCAAACACAUGUGGCACAAGAACACUUUUCACCAUUUAGAUGGUACUUCUACGAAAGCCUUCCAUCCUCGAACUGGAUUGCCUCUACUUUCAAGUCCUGUUCCAGAAAGAAAAACACGAUCUGGAUGCUUUGAUCUCGAUACAUCACUAUUGCAUUUGAAAUGCUUCUCUAAAAGUCCACAACAUUGUCUGAGCAAAGAGCGUGAUCCAGAUGUCCACGAGAAGCCAUUUCUGAGUUCAAGCGCACCACCAGUAACAAGUCUUAGUCUUCUAGGAAACUUUGAGGAAUCUGUCCUGAAUUAUCGCUUAGAUCCCCUGGGCAUCGUAGACGGCUUCACGGCCGAAGUGGGAGCAAGUGGGAUGUUUUGUCCAACGCACAUGACGCUACCAGUCGAGGUUUCCUUCUACAGUGUUUCAGAUGACAACGCACCCUCUCCCUACAUGGGUGUCAUUGCUUUGGAGUCCCUUGGGAAAAGGGGUUAUCGCGUGCCCCCUUCAGGAACCAUACAAGUGACCUUAUUCAACCCUAACAAGACUGUGGUGAAGAUGUUUGUGGUGAUUUACGACCUGCGCGAGAUGCCUGCCAAUCACCAGACAUUCCUGCGGCAAAGAACCUUUUCUGUCCCUGUGAGACGAGAAACUAAGCGAAGCAUCAAUAAAGAGAACACGCGACACACGGAAGAAAGGCUACUACGCUACCUCAUUCACCUGAGGUUCCAGAGUUCAAAGUCUGGAAAGAUCUACCUCUACAGAGACGUAAGGCUCCUGUUUUCUCGGAAAUCCAUGGAAGUCGACAGCGGCGCUGCAUACGAACUCAAAUCUUACACGGAAUCGCCAACAAACCCCCAGUUUUCACCCCGAUGCUAGCAAGAGGCAACCAUGAAAACUCUUUGUUCAACUAUCUAAGGCAAACAAUUGGGAUAAUAAAGCAUACUGGGUACAAGCUAACUAGCAAAGAAAGUGGGGUGAUGGUCACAUGGGGAGUCAAGGCUCUUCUGGACUCUUGGACCAGUUCUUCAACACGCUUCUGGAAUGAGCUUCGUGUAUUCCAAGUAGACUGGAACGUACUUAGUCCUAAUCUUUUUUUUAUACUGGUUUUAAACCACUUCAUUGGAUGUGUUGCAAUAGCAGAUUCCCAGAUUAGUUUAGUGUUUACACCUUAUUUUAUUUUUCUGGUUAUUUAAUAUUUAAUGUUUAUUUUACUUAAGUGAUAUUUGUCUUGACUGUUCUAAUGUAGAACAAAUCCUAUGUAAAAUCAUACUACGUAUUUUUGACAUUAAUAUUGAAAUCUGAAAUAUAUACAGAAAGUCUUUACUUUGCUGUGUGACGUGUUUUUAAGAUACUUAACGCUGCUUUAAAAUUAGGAAGGGAUUCUGAUCGGCAUCCAUUGCAUCACCAUACUAUGCAAAGCAUGUUAAGAGGAGGGGGGUUGUGUAAUUAUUCCCCUUCAUAUUACUCAUUUCCUUCCCAUGGUAACACAGACACCCAUACUGCAGAGAUAUUUGACUUCUCAUUCAACUCAUUGAUCCAACUCAUAAUUUGCACCCCUUUAAAAAAAAACCCUCCUCAAAGCAUUUCACUUUGUCCUAAUGGUCCGUACCAUAACUUUACAAAAAACAUCACUGUCCCAUUCCUGACUUUCUCAGACUGUGUUUUCUUUUUUUAAAAAAGGAUGUACUGUGAAAACAAAGUAGUAUUUAUAUCUUAAAUAUAUGUGAAAACAGCAA